CAAGGCUAGACAGAGUGCGGCAGGCGGUGGGCCCACGCACACAUACACUCUCAUCCGCCCUCCUUUGACUCUUACCUACACAUCCUUUUAGGUUUUUGGCACUUUUAUACCCCUGGAAACUAAUCUAGUGAAGUGAUUUGUGUAAUAUAGUGUGUAAAGAAAGUAGAUAUAGUACUUUCGACGAGUGUCAUUAAGAAUUAAGGUGAUAAAGAGGGAAAUAUCAAGUCAUUUGUGAAGUGAUUGGUGCUGAGUGGUGUGGUGCCUGGCCUUGGACCAGCAGAUAGGUACAAGCAGGUAAGCUGAGGGACUAAGGUGUGUGGGAGCCACGCUGACGCCACCUAAACGUAUCCUUGGAGGUUAAGUUUUUUCCUUUUUUUUUGAAAAAUAAACUCGUUCUUGUGGAUAAUCGUACCAAUUGAAAUUCUCCGAAACAAUUGCCCCGGUAUAUAUUUGAUACACAAUUACAUUUAUACUCAAAUGUGAGAAGUUUGAAGUUGUAUAUUACUUAACUCCUUGGAAAUUUUGAGGAUGGUAUAUGGAGUCUAAGAUUAACAAGAAAAUUUGACUUUGAAAGCCAGUUUUGAUUAAACAGUUUCAACUUGCAUCACAACAAAAGUUUUAUUGUGAAAUACUGAGAAAUAAAGCAGUGAAACCACAGCGGUCUAUAGAUACUGCACUGUACUGGCGUCUGGGGCAACAUAGAGCUGUACUGUAUACUUAAGGUUGUGGCCAAAAGCAUGGUGGCGUCCCCUUCCUACCUCGACGUCGCCAGCACCAGCAAGCCCUCACACUCUACAUCACCAACAUAUAGUAGUCAUCAACAGUGCUGAGGAGGCGCCAUGGUCGGGUGGACGGCGCGGUGGGAGCCGGGCGUGGGGAGGGACCAGCACCAGCACCAGCAGCGCCUCGCCGUGACCGACCACGUCGUCGCCCCCGACCCGCCCAUUAUCCCACUCUCCGCGCCCUCACCACCCCGCCACGCCCCUAGUCACGCCCACAACCACGCGGACAUUGCCUCUCCUCAGGCGGACCCCCGAAACAGUGAAGGCAACGAGGUGCACGGACUUACAGCAGGGGCCGCCAGUGACCCUGACAUUGCCCCUGUAGAGGGCAGCAGUGAGGGUGGCGCCAGGUGUGUGGAAGGUGAGCAGGGCCACAGCAGCAGGCAUCACCCCACCCCUUCGUCGUCGUCUCGUGUACCUGAUGAUCACACUGGUCGCCCCGGUUUACCUGUAGCCAGCGUAGAGGUGGGCUCGGCGCCCCCGCCAUACGAUCUUUCCUUCCUGUGUCACGCACCUGCAAACCUGCCCACGCCGCCCACACCAUCCGCGGCAGUUAACGGUACCUCGCGGGCGCCGUGUGUGUCGGCCGGGGACGGCGACCACAGUAGGUGGGGGGCGUCGCAGGACACAGCGCCGCUCACCACCAACGGAGAGGUGGGUCGUAGGAGGGUCAACGGCGUCGUAGUGAAGAUGGCCGCUGUGGACGAGGCCGUCACAGAAGAAGGGGAGGAGGAGGAGGAGGAGGAGGAAGAAGAAGAAGAAGAAGAAGAAGAAGAGGGGGAGGAAGGGGAAUUUCUGUGUGGACUUGGUCGAUGGUGCUCCCCAAGUUGGGUUCAAGGCUUAGCCACCAAACAAGUGUUCCUCAUUGUGUUUUCUUUAACGUCGGUGCUUCAGGGGAUGUUCUACACGUACUUUGUGAGUGUGCUCACUACUGUUGAGAAGUUGUUUCAGUUAAAGAGUAAGACAACCGGAAUAAUCAUGAGUGCCACAGAGAUGGGGCAGAUAGGUGGCGCUCUCUUGCUGGCUUACUACGGCGGCCAGGGACAUAGACCAAAGUGGAUAGGUUGGGGGAUGAUUCUCUUCGCCUUCUGCGCCUUUCUCUGUGCCCUUCCACAUUUCUUAUUUGGCCAGGAGCUGUUGAGACAGCACCUGGAAACAACACCGUCAGAGGACAGUCCUCUGGCCAACGCCAACAUCUGCAGGUUACCAGGGACACCCAUCCCCUCGAUGGGCCUCAACAACUCGCUGCCGGGACUCCCCGAAUUCAAGAAAUGUGAGACUCCUGAAGGUGAGACCCAGGUGGUGCUCUCCAUCUUCUUCCUCUCCUUGCUGGGUAUAGGCAUCGGCCAGACGGCAGCCUACAACCUAGGCAUCCCCUACAUCGACGACAACAUCGCCAACCGCGAGACACCCAUCUAUUUCGCGGUGACCAGUGGGGUGAGGAUCCUUGGACCAACGCUGGGCUUCGUGCUGGGGUCCUUCUGCACCAGGCUCUAUGUUGACCCCGUCGCUGAUCCUGGCAUUGACCCCACAGACCCCAGGUGGAUAGGGGCCUGGUGGCUAGGAUUAAUGGUGGUGUCAGUGGCAUUAUUUCUGACUAGCACCGCCAUGUUUGCCUUCCCUCGUCACACCCAGUACAGCACGCUCCAGUAUCCAGCCACCACUCCGCACCCCUUCACUAAAAGACUUCCUGAAAGCAGUUUGGCGCCUUUGAAGAAUAAAAUUUUGAUAUUCCGGACAGCUAGCAGCGUUUUACACAUCCUGCCUAUUGCAGGUCUUUACACUUUCCUCCCGAAAUACUUGGAGAGUCAGUUACUUCCGUCCACAGUCUUGGCUUUAGUCUCUGGAAUCGGAGGUAUUCUGGUGAUGGGUGUAGGCAUCUUUGCUAGUGGGGUGUUCAUCAGGCGAGCUAAACCCUCAGCCCGUACUGUUGCAGGCUGGAUUGCCCUUACAGCCCUCAUCUACUCAAUAGGUAUGGUGAUCUUGAUGUUUGUGGGCUGCCCUCCAGAGGACUUUGUUGGUCUAGUGGAGGAUGCAAGUGGGAAACACUUCACCCCAGUGUGCAACAGGACAUGUGGAGAUUGUGACGCCACCACUUUUGCCCCAGUGUGUGAUAAGCAUGGCAAGACCUACUUCUCCUCCUGCCAUUUGGGUUGUUCCAAUGCUACUCUUUUUAAGGACUCUAAUCAACUUGUGUUCUCCAACUGUGAUUGUCUGGAGGAGGGCGAGACAGCAGUGUUGAGACUGUGUGGGAUGAAGUGUAGCAACUUUGUCUGGUACGUCAUCAUCUUCUCUGUGUUUGUAUUGAUACAUUCCACGUCAGAGGUGGGCGGUAUGUUGGUUACUCUCCGCUGCGUAGACCCUAAGGACAAGGCCAUGGCACUUGGCCUGAUAUCUGUUGCUAUUGGUUUAUUAAGUAAUGUGCCAUGCCCAAUAAUAUAUGGUGCAGUAGUUGAUUCUGCAUGUAUUCAUUGGAAGGAAACAUGUAGGAAAGCAGGUGCCUGUCAGCUUUAUGAUUCUGAUGCAUUCAGGAUGUUCUUCCAUGGCAUGACAGGUGCUGUUAUGAUGUUAGCAUUUUUCGUGGAUGUGGUGGUAUGGUACAUGGCAAAAUCUGUAUCCUUCAAUGACGAAGAUGAUAAUCCAGAAGAGGAAACUCCCAUGAAUCCAAAAUCUGUCUCCCUCCCCAUCCACACCCAUGGCAAUUGACC